AUGCUCUACGACUUGAAACGACGAGCGGGGAGAGUCUUCAACCGCGGCAGGAUCAACUUCGGUCGCCAAAGCCGAGACGGCCGCGGGCUCCAAUACUUGUUCGUCUUGCCGCACCUCGACUACGGAAUCCCAGUCGAUAGCACGCAGCAUGUACGAACGGCCUUCCUCGAACCUCAACCACAACUGGUCCGCGUCCGUCCGAGCAUCCACCUGCGCUUCGAACACGCGACCGCUGGCCAAUUCGACUUCUACCACAUCAGCCAAGGCAGCGGCUGGCAACACCACCACCGCAGCGGCGACAAGGUAGAGUUGCCGAGUGAGAAAGAACGGUUGGAACGUCAUACAGGUUCCUAUCCUGACGAAGACGCGUGGCAAAUUCGCAACAUGGCGAACCGUUUCCUCAUCACAUUUCGCAACACGCCGUGGCGGGGAGCAGCUUGGGCUGACGCUGGCCCGGCGGGCUUGCCGAUGAGAGGAGAGGAGUUCAGUGGUCCUCGCCGAAAGCCAUUAGACGGCACGCUCGCCAUCUGGGCAUUCGUCAUCGUGGCGCUUUCCGCCAUGGUGGUCACCGCGGUUGCCGAAGACCGCACCAGCCAGGCCCGGGUGAACCGCCUUAGCCGCAGCACCGGCGAGCACCAUUCAGGGCCCUCCAACGCUCCACUUUCGUCCGAAGGCCCUCUGAUUCGCGAAGGCGAGAUUUGGCACAACGAGUUGGGGCACAUCUUUCUGAGCGGUUCACGCUACGCAUUUCGCCCCGUCCAGGGUGGGCGGAGUGUGAUCGUGUUAGAGAACCUGAACCUCCAGCGCAUCGUACAGCGGCUCGACGAAACCCCAGACGCCCCAAUUUGGAGCAUCUCCGGCGUGAUUACCGAGUUCCAGGGCAGUAACUAUCUGCUGAUCGAACGGGCCGUUCGCAAGGGCCGCGCCAGCCUGCAGGCCAUGGGGCAGCGUUGUGGCGGGCGUCGAAACACGGCUGCAAUAACGCAGUCGGGGCGGAAACUACCCAAAGGAGCGAGGGUUAUGGGUGUCAAUCGGCGGUUAGAAGUCUCGGAAGUCGGCGACGUGACCGUCGUGCAGUUCGUCGAUCGUAAAAUUCUCGACGAAGCCAACAUUCAGGACCUGGGCCAAGAGCUGUUUCAACUGGUCGAAGGCGACAAUCGAAAGAAGCUCUUGUUGAACUUCACAAGCGUUGACUUCCUCUCCAGUGCCGCCCUCGGCAAGCUGAUCACGUUGGAUAAGAAGGUCAAGGCACACAGCGGAAUCCUCAAGCUGUGCAACAUCAGGCCUGAAAUCUACGAAGUUUUCGCCAUCACCAAGCUGAACAAACUCUUCGAUAUUAAAGAUGACGAGGCCGACGCGCUGGCCGACUUUUAG